UGAUGCAUGUAUAUAUGUGUAUACUUUUAUUGAACGUGACAUAUCUAUUAUCUAGCGGGUAUGUCUUAAUUGAACAUAUCAGAGUGUAAUACAUUAUUGUAAGAGACGAUUGAAUUAGAUCGUAUAUCGUGGAAUUAAUUUGAAAAACGAUGAUAUUUGCGCAGUACAUCGAAUCUGAUGAAUCUAGAAUUCAUUGACAUUGCUCAAUAUAUACUUUCGCGUGUGUGUGAAAUAACGUCAAAUACAACCAUUUGUGCCUAAUAUCUUUUAUCUUAAAAAAAUGUGUCAAUACACACAUACACACACAACAUUUGUGAUACAAAUCGAAAUAAAUAAGUUUUAGGUUAAUUUUACAUUUGGUAUCUGGUAUAUCAAUAGCACGUAAUUAAAUUAUUACAUAGUGAUAAUAAGCAUAUAUUUUUGACGUAAUAACGAUCAGUUUUAAGUUUUAUAAAAACAAGGUGACUCUGUUAAGAGAUACAUUGUAAGCGAAAUAAGGAACUUGAUGCAAAAUGCAAGCAGAAGUGAAUGACAUACUGGAAAAGUCGUUGCAAAAAGCUAAGGAACACGAUAGGACUGGAAAUGUUGGAAGAGCUUAUGCGUAUUAUACUAUUGUUACAGAGCUAUGUCCUUCAAGAAGAUCAGAAAUCGAAGAAACAUUCACAGAUGUACUAUGUGAGAUGCAGUGAAUGGGGAAUACAAUUAGCAGAAGAUAAUAGAUUUUCAGACAUUGUACGCUGUUAUAAACAUUCCUUGGAUAUUUAUCCAAAUAAUUCUCGUAUGCUCAAUAAUUUUGCAGCACAUUUAUUACGGAAUAACAAUCCUAUAAGGGCGAUAGAAUAUUUAAGAAGAGCUUUGAAAGUUGAUCCUAACUUUCUACCAGCAGAACGAAAUCUGCAAAAUGCAUAUAGCAUGGCAGUAGAUAGAUGGCACUUUACAAUGCUUAACGAUAAGUGGAGAAAUAAUGCUUUUGAGAGAGCUAUACGCAAGAGAAUCAACCAAGGAUAUGAUACAGUAUUGGAUGUAGGAACUGGUACAGGUCUUUUGAGUCUAUACGCAAAAGCCGCAGGAGCCACAAAGGUGUAUGCAUGCGAAUGUUCUGAAAUAAUGACACUAAUUGCAAAAGAAGUAUUUGAAUCUAACAAUGCAACUGAUAUAAAGUUAAUACCAAAACUAUCAUUCGAUCUUAAAAUACCUAUGGACAUUUCAGAAAGAGUAAAAUUAAUAGUGACUGAAACAUUUGAUGCUGGCUUAUUUGGAGAACUUGUAGUACCAUCUAUGAUUAAUGUACACAUGAACAUUUUAGAUAUGAAUGGCAUGGUAAUACCUAUGGGUGCGACGGUUUUUACAACAGCUAUUGAAUGUGAAUACAUUAGAUACAGAUCAUCGGUGAUUUUUGAUAGAAUAAAAGAUAAUAGUACUUUAAAUUUUAAUAAAGUGUCUGUAUUAUCGGAUGACGAAUAUUAUGAUACAGAAAAUCUGGAAAAAGUUCAAAUUAAUUAUGUCACAGAGCCGCAAGUUCUCUUUAAUGUAAAUUUUAACAAUUUAUUGCAAUUGCAAGAAUUUUAUAAAGAUGGAAUAAAACAAAUGUUACAAACGAAAUGUAGAUAUGAUGGCAUCAUAGAUGGUCUAAUUGCUUGGUUUAAAUUACAUCUGGAUGAAGAAAUUACACUGGAUUCUUCAGAUGGAAAAUCUUGUUGGCAAUUGGCUGUUUUUCCGGCAGUACCUAUUGUAUGCCACGAAGGCGAUAUCUUGACGAUAAAAGCGGAAACAUCGAAGAGUAAACUUAAAUGUUCUUAUAGCACAGGCAAUGUGCAAUCCAGCGAAGAGUGUAAAUUUUUAUAUCGUUUGCCAAAAGAAGUCAUUGUCUUCCUAAAUGACUUUAAUUAUGUCAAAUUGCUCACAGAAAUCGCUAAAUAUCAAGAAAAUAAAAAAAUUAAAUAUAUUUUGGAUACUUCGCCUUUUCCAAUCUACGGGUUAACGCUAUUAAAAGAAUGUAAAGAUAGUGAAAUUUUAUACUACAAAACUGACAACGAAACUCUUCGUUUUCUGAUUGAACAAGUAGCCCGAGAUAGUGGGCUUCAAGGAAAAGUGCAUAUAAUAUCAAAUUAUGAUGAAAUUCCAUGCUCUUUAGAUACCAUACUUGUUCAUAAUUUUGACAUUAAAGGCGAAUUGAAAGAUCAGGAUAAUUAUGGAAUUUUCAAGUAUUUCCUUAAACCAAAUGGUAUGUUAUUGCCAGAAAAAAUUUUUCUUAUAGGACAAUUAGUGUAUUCAGAAGAUUUACCAAACAUGGUUUAUGUGCAAGAUGUAAAUCUCCAAACAUCAUCCAAUACUUCUAUUUAUAUUGAUACAAGUUCAGAUAGUGAAGACAAUCCAGCUAUGCGAAAUAAUACAACCAAUAAAAUAAAUAAAAGUACAAACUAUAUAAUUGCAGAACACAUUAAUAAAUAUAAGAUCAAUCAAAUAUUUGAUUUGAAUUCGAGUUUGUAUUCAUAUAAGAUAAUAUCUGAGGCACAAACACUAAUAGAAAUGAAUGAAACGGAGACUACUGAGGCAAUCAUAAAUUUCGGACAAAUAAAUUGCACAAAAAAAAAAACUUUACCAAAUGCCUUAAUAUGCUGGUAUAAGAUUCAGCUUAGUCCACAACAUAUACAUGAUACAAAAAAGAAUGAUUCUUUUAUGAAUCAUACUGCAAUCGUUUUUGAAGAUGAAUUAAGAAACAUUAUUUUAAAAAAUAAAGAAGUAAAAAUUAAAAUCCACCAGAUAAAAGGUUUAGUGAAAAUCACAGUACUAAAUUUGUAA